AUGGUAAAGCAUGUUGUUUGGAAUUGUUCACUAGAACAACGUUUUUUAUCUUUUGGUCGGGAUACUUUAAAAUAUACAAUGAACUUUAAACGAUUUGAAAACUGUUUAGUGGCCGAUAUUUCACUCAGGCAAUACAUUGAAAGUCAUUCUUCACCGCUUAUUACGAUAAUUUUUAUGACUGAUUUGAUGGAAUUACCAACAAUUGGCUUUUCAUGCCGAUCGGCCGCUCAGAUAGCUGCCAGUGACAUGAAUCCCAACAGAAACAUGUUGUUCAAAAAAUGGUCCGAUUAUCGGGAUUGUAACUGGUUUUAUGAGCCUGUCAAAAAAAAUGAGUUCCUUAGCAUAUUUGUCCAAUUUCAAACUGGUGGAUUUAGUGUACGAUUCGGUAGAAAUUUGACUUAUAGUAUCCCCGAUCAUUUUUUCAAGUUGCCACCCAAUGUAUGCGACAUUUACUUGGGAAUUUCAAGCUGUGAAAUUUUUGAGCCGGAGGAAGAAUCAAAAAUGUGUAAUUUCGCUUUACUCGAUGCUGCAGACAUGGUAAAAUGGGUUCAUUUAAGAAAUCGUCCCUUGGCAACAUUAACAAGUAUUGAGAGUAUUCCAUGUUCAUCAAAAGCAAAUAUUCAGCUCGCACUUAAUAGUUCACAAGAACCACUUUGUUCAUGGUGUUGCGAGAAAAAAAUAGACACAUUACUCGUACCUUGUGGUCACGCUGUGUCUUGCAGUGAGUGCCAUAAGAAUUAUAUAUCAAACGAACGAAAGAAAGCUUUGACGGAAUCAUCUCAAAAAUCGCCGCCUAUUGUUUUUUGCCCUAUUUGCCGGGAACAGUUGAAUGGAAUAGGGAGGAUAUGUUUUCGCUCCAAAAAAUGCAUCUUAUGUGGCUGCAAUCAAUUAUCAGCCGUUGCGGGUGGGCCAAAAGGUUGCGGUUGUGUUUUGGGAUGUUUUGAAAAAGCAAUUCAACUGCAGCAGAAAGCAAGCGAAUGCCCUUUUUGUAAAACUCCGAUUGUUCAAGUGAUUCAUAUGUAUCUACAAGAACAUCGUGAUAAUUAG